CCCGGCGGGGCCCCGGGAGCUCGCGGCCGCCCGCGCCGCCGCCGCGCCGCCGGAAGUGCGCUCCCGAGCCGCCGCGCCGCGCCGCGGGAAGAUGGCGCAGGACGCCGGCGACAUGGAGGACGGGCAGCUCUCCGACUCGGACUCCGACAUGACGGUCGCCCCCAGCGAGCGGCCGCUGCCGGCGCCGAAAGUUCUGUGUGGAGACGGCGCAGUGAGGCCCUUCCAGGCCACAGCCACCGCCUGUGCUCCAGCUUCCCAUUACCGGACUGUUAAGAGUGUGGAUUCAAGCGAAGAGAGUUUCUCCGAUUCUGAUGACGAGAGCUCUCUGUGGAAACGCAAGCGGCAAAAGUGCUGUAACCCUCCUCCCAAGCCAGAGCCUUUCCCCUUCGGCCAGAGCAUCCAGAAAGUACCCGCUGGGGGGAAAAAGGUGAACAACAUCUGGGGUGCUGUGCUGCAGGAACAGAACCAGGAUGCAGUGGCCACCGAACUUGGAAUCUUGGGGAUGGAGGGCACCAUCGACAAGAGCAGGCAGUCGGAGACUUACAACUACUUGCUUGCUAAGAAACUUCGGAAGGAAUUUCAAGAGCAUACAAAAGAACUAGACAAAGAGCUCGAUGAUUAUAUGCACGGUGGCAAAAGGCCGGAAGCAAGGGACGAGGAAAACGGGCAAGGUCAUCUCAAACGAAAACGAUCUGUUAAGGACAGACUCGGAGACAGAGUAGAAAUGAACUAUAAAGGCCGGUAUGAGAUCACAGAGGAUGAUUCUCAGGAGAAAGUGGCUGAUGAAAUUUCUUUUAGGUUACAGGAGCCUAAGAAAGAUCUGAUAGCCCGGGUAGUUAGGAUAAUUGGGAACAAGAAGGCAAUUGAACUUCUAAUGGAAACUGCUGAAGUUGAACAAAAUGGUGGCCUUUUCAUAAUGAAUGGUAGUCGAAGAAGAACCCCAGGUGGAGUGUUUCUGAAUCUCCUGAAAAACACUCCUAGUAUCAGUGAGGAGCAAAUUAAGGACAUUUUCUACAUUGAAAAUCAAAAGGAAUAUGAAAAUAAAAAAGCUGCUAGGAAGAGGAGAACACAAAUAUUGGGGAAAAAGAUGAAACAGGCUAUCAAAAGUCUAAAUUUUCAAGAAGAUGAUGAUACUUCACGAGAAACUUUUGCAAGUGACACGAAUGAGGCUUUGGCCUCUCUUGAUGAGUCACAGGAAGGACAUGGAGAAACGAAGUUAGAUGCAGAAGAAGCCAUCGAAGUGGAUCAUUCUAAUGAUUUGGACAUCUUUUAAUGCAUUUUGAAUUACAAACCUUUCUAAGACAACAUUGCAACAGACCAUUUCUACUGAGAUCACUUUACUUUGCACUGAUAAAAUAUCUGGAAAGAAAAGUCCUGUUUUAAAUAAAUUGGGAAAUGAAUAUUAUCAAAAACAUUUAGAUUUUUGUUAUGUGUUACAAAGUACUUUAAAAUAUCUAGGCAAGAGGAUUUAAUUUCUCAAUCUGUUGCAUGUCCUAGUUACUACUAAUUGAUAAUCAGUUGUAUCAGGGUUAUUAUAACAUUAUUCAAAGGUUUGAAUAAUUUUUAUAGUGAAUUAUGACUAGUUUCAGAACAUUCCACUACAAGAUAUAAAUGGGACACAAAUUGUUGAGCUAUAGCAAACGCAUUCACAUUUAGCUUUUUUUGUGUUCUAAGAAGUUGGGCAAUUUUAAAUAAAGACUAAAAUUAGAGUAGGUUUAUGUUUCUGUUUUUUCCCCACUAUUUAUCUAGAAGUAAUCAAGUAUCAGAUGCUUUUCAAAGAAUAGUAAUUAACUUUGCUUUUUAUUUCUUAUUAACUCAAUUGUCAUAUACUAGAUAUUUCUGAUUGUGAUCUAUGCCUGUGCGAUUACCAUAGACAUUUAAAACAAAUUUCCAGUUGUGGUCUGCCUAAGACUCACCUUAUGUUAAGGAAGUUAGGUCUAAAAUGUCACAUCUGCAUGAAGUUUCAAAAAAUUCAUUGUUAGUGAAGAAAAAGGCAGUUUACUUAAGCUGUUUCAAGGGUGGAAUAUAAUUUACAAAACAAAUUAAGCAAAGAUACGUAGUAAGCAAUUAAACUAUUCUUUGCAGUGUACUUGAGAUUGCAGUAAUCUCUAAAAUACAUGGUUGUUGAAAUUGGGUAUAAUUGUGAAAUGAGAAAAAUUGUUAUUAGUUGCUUUACAAUCAUCAAAAAAUGAAAAAAUAAAACUUAGAACUUUGGCAGUC